AUGUAUAUUCUGCUAACGAAGGAAGAGAAAAGUGAAUCUUAUUCAGAGGUGAAUAUCUUCCGUACAAUUGUUGAUUUGUUUACUGCUGGUUCGGAAACAACAGCGACAUCUUUACUCUGGGGUUUCUUGUACCUGACAAAAUACCCAAAGAUACAACAUCAAUGUCGAGAGGAGAUACAAAAGUUGACUGGGUUUAGCCGAAUGGUUACAAUGGCAGAUAGAGACGAAUUACCAUUUGUCAACGCCACAAUUCUUGAAGUACAAAGAAUUGCAACAAUAGCUGCACUGGGUGUUCCACAUAUUUCAGAAGAAGACAUCACCCUUGGAGGUUUCGAUCUACCAAAAGGCACAAUUGUCCAGUUUAUGAUCGGUGCUGUUCAAAAUGAUCCAAGAUACUGGGACAAUCCUGAGAAGUUUCUACCGGAACGAUGGUUGACAAAAGACAACAAGAUAAUAAAGAAAGAUGCAUUUCUGCCAUUUUCAUGGGGUCCUCGGAGUUGUCUUGGAGAACCGUUGGCCAGAAUGGAAAUGUUCCUGUUUUUCACCAAUUUGCUGCAGCGUUUUGAAUUUACUGACGCACCUGAUGAACCUGUCUCAGUUUCAGCAAAGAUGAAUGGGAUCACCUAUCAGCCAAUCAAAUCAUUGAUUUGUGCAAAGCCACUGUAG